AUGGCUCUCUUCCACCCGAGCACGCAGCGCUUUGACAACUUGGGCGGACAUCUGGACCUGGACCAUCACUGGCCCUGGAGUGCUUGGCAUUCCUAUGGAGCGCAGCCCAAGUUUGACAUUCGCGAGACGGAAGACGCUUAUGAGCUUUCUGGGGAGCUUCCGGGCAUGAAAAAGGACGACAUUAGCAUCACCUUCAAGGAGCCGCACACUUUGCAGAUUGAUGGCAGAUUCCAGCAGACCUUUACAUCAGGCAACACUGACCAGCAGCAGCCGCCGGCGCCCGAAAGCUCAGAUGACAAGUCUAGUGCUUCGAAAUUUGCGGAAAACGCGGCGACGGAGAAUCGCAACGCGGGCGCCAAGAAACUCAAGUACUGGCUGCGAGAGCGCAGAACUGGCGAGUUCUCGCGGGUUUUUAAUUUGCCGGCCAAUCUUGACAAGCACCAUCUCUCGGCGACUGUGGAUGACGGUGUUCUCAACAUCAUUGUCCCCAAGUCAAAGGGCUUCAAGACGCAGAAGAUCUCUAUUAGCUAG